UGUUUUUAAUAAAAAUAAUUGGUAAUUUAAAAUCCUCUUGUAGUUACGCUUCUUUCGAGGUUAGGUUUACCUAAUUAGUUUUAGUAAAAAUUUUAAUGGCUUUUAAUUUCCGUUUUUGUGCUAGUCUACAGUAGCAGUCGGAAAACAGCGGUUCUUAACUAAUAAGAUCUAGUUCACCUAAAAUACUUUUGAAUUUAUGUAUAUAAUACUUUUGAAAUUAUGUAUUUUCUUUAAUAAAAAAUAGUGUCUUGUGAUUUUUUUUAUUUGUUUUACUCUCUGGUUAAAAGCUUUAGUCAUGUAGUAUGCAGUAAUAAUAUUGUGUGCCUUUACUAUUUUGUAAAGAUUAAUUAAGACAAAUCAUCUGACAACGAAGAGAAUUUAUUUUACUAUUUAAUUUAAAAGAUAAAUAAUAAAAAGUUGACUGUUUCAUUUUGUUUGUAAAUAUGAGUGAAACACUUUACACAGGUGGUUGUCAUUGUGGGGCUGUGGCGUUUGAAGUUCUGGCGUCUUCUCCGUUGUUGUGUAUAAGAUGUAACUGUAGCAUAUGCGAGAAAAAGCAAAAUAUUCAUUUUAUUGUAUCAAGAAACAAAUUUAAAUUGCACAGUGGUCACGAUUCUUUGACAACAUACACGUUUAAUACUCAUCAAGCAAAGCACAUGUUUUGUAAAAUAUGCGGAGUACAAAGUUUUUAUGUUCCACGCUCUAAUCCAAAUGGUAUUGGAGUUAUGCCUCAUUGCUUAGAUCAGCAACAUACAGUUGAAAUUCAAAUGCAAAAUUUUAAUGGCAAAGAUUGGGAGUUUGAAAUGAGAACAAGCAUUGGUGAUCAACUUCGAGAGAUAUCAGAAUUAAAUUAAGCAUAAUUAUAUUUUAAAUCAUGUUUGCAAUUUCUUGUAAAUAUAUGUUUUUAGUUUAUA